AUGGCGGGCCUGGCCACUCUACUCGAUAAAUUCAAUCCGAGGAUCCCCUUCGGUCGGUGGCAAUUGUUCGAGUUCGCGGACCUGUGGAUUAUCCCUCCAUUCAUCAAACACGACCAACAAGACGCCCUCUCCGCGCGCUGGACGAAGAAACUCAUAACCCUCCCGCAAGACCACACCCCAGCCGAGCUUCUAGCCGACAUCGUAGAAACAACCCUUUCCGACCUCUCCUCAUCCUCCCAACAAAGUUCCUCAACCUGGACCGUCGUCGACGUCGGCUCAGGAACCGGCGGACCCCUCCCCAUAAUCGACAGGCUCGUGAAUCAUGGCCGGACCGAACUCGGCCAGAACCCGAUUCAGUUCCUGCUGUCCGACCUGCACCCUCACCUCGACUCCUGGAUGCGGCACGCCUCGCGCUCGGAGACGCUGAGUUUCGUGCCGCAGGCGGUGGAUGCGCGGAAUCCGCCCUUUUCGGUGAUUUCUUCCACCACGGAGGGGGAUAAGGAAGCGGCGUAUUUGGAGGGGUUGGAGUCGAAUGGGACGAAAGUUUUCAGAUUGUUCGCCUCGACGUUUCAUCAUUUCGACGACGAGACGGCGCGGAGGGUGUUGAAGUCUUCGUUGGAGACGAGCGAUGGGUUUGCGGUUGUGGAGUUGCAGGAACGGACGAUCUUCAGUCUUGUUAUGGUUUUGCUGGAGAACUGGUUGCUUUUGCUGAUGGCGGUGUUUUGGUUUUGGAAUGAUCCGGUGCAUUUGUUCUUUACGUAUUGUGUUCCGGUGUUGCCUGUUACGCAGUGCUUGGAUGGGUUGGUCACUUGUCUGAGGAUUCGGUCGUUCGAUGAGGUCUUACGACUGCUUCCGAAGCAGUACGAAUACAGCAGGGACAAGAUCGAGACUGAGAAGGAUGGCGAGGUGGUAGAGCUUCGUGACUGGCAGUUCGAGCAUACACGGGUCUUGCAUACCUGGCCAUUCGGAUACAUGAAUAUCAUCGUGGGGACUUGCUCAUCGUCAAAAGAUGGUAUUCGUUGA